GGAAGUCCUUUACGCAACAGGGGGCCUUGAGAAAACCAAAGGAUGCUUGCUGCUGCAAGUAUCUGCAGAGAGCAGGCCAACCCAUAAGGCUGCCUGAGUCCUUGCACGCGAAAUGGCUCGGAGGCAGGACGAGGCGCGGGCCGGUGUGCCCCUGAGUGUUGAAGGCCCGCCGGACAUGGAGGUCCGCCUCAUUCUGUACCACUGGACGCACUCCUUCAGCUCUCAAAAGGUGCGCUUGGUAAUUGCUGAAAAGGCACUGAAGUGCGAGGAACACGAUGUAAGUCUGCCCCUGAGUGAGCACAAUGAGCCUUGGUUUAUGCGUUUGAACUCAGCUGGAGAAGUACCGGUCCUUGUCCAUGGGGAGAACAUAAUCUGUGAGGCCACUCAGAUCAUUGAUUAUCUUGAGCAGACUUUCCUGGAUGAAAGAACCCCCAGGUUAAUGCCUGAUGAAGGAAGCAUGUAUUACCCACGGGUGCAGCAUUACCGAGAGCUUCUUGACUCCUUGCCAAUGGAUGCUUACACACAUGGCUGCAUUUUGCAUCCUGAGCUCACUGUGGAUUCCAUGAUCCCCGCUUAUGCAACCACAAGGAUUCGCAGCCAGAUUGGUAACACAGAGUCUGAACUAAAGAAACUUGCUGAAGAAAACCCUGACUUACAAGAGGCAUACAUUGCCAAACAGAAGCGACUUAAGUCAAAGCUGCUUGAUCAUGACAAUGUCAAAUACUUGAAGAAAAUUCUUGAUGAGUUGGAGAAGGUCUUGGAUCAGGUGGAAACUGAAUUACAAAGAAGAAAUGAAGAAACUCCAGAGGAGGGCAACCAGCCUUGGCUCUGUGGAGAAUCCUUUACACUGGCAGAUGUCUCACUGGCUGUCACGUUGCAUCGGCUGAAGUUCCUGGGGUUUGCAAGACGAAACUGGGGGCAUGGAAAGAGACCGAACUUGGAAACCUAUUAUGAGCGUGUCUUAAAAAGGAAAACAUUUAACAAGGUUUUAGGACAUGUCAACAAUAUAUUAAUCUCUGCGGUGCUGCCAACAGCAUUCCGGGUGGCCAAAAAAAGGGCCCCAAAAGUUCUUGGCAGCACCCUUGUGGUUGGUUUGCUUGUAGGAAUGGGAUAUUUUGCAUUUAUGCUUUUCAGAAGGAGACUUGGCAGCAUGAUAUUAUCACUUAGACCCAGACCAAAUUAUUUCUAGGUUUGUUGGAAUCUGUGGUAGCAGCACAUCGAAUCACUCAUCCAUUUGUCCAGACCCAGUGAAGAUUUAUCAUUGGCAAUUAGUAGAGAGCAUACUUUAUAUAAUUCACUGGGGAGUUCAUGUGGGGGAAGGAGCUAAUGAUAUGCUUUUUUCUUCUUUCUCUCUCUCUCUUUCUUCCUUUCUUUUUUUGUAGACAACAUGACUUACUUCUAAUCUAUCCCUAAAGGCCAGUAUAACUGCUGACCGAUUGUGGGGUGGGGUGGGUGGAGACCUUUGAUGGAGAUUGUUAGUUCAUGUUCUCAGGUAUUUUUUGAGAGGUUGUAAUUCGGAGCAGACGGUAAUAACGACCCAUGACUGCUCAUAGUGCCUCACCUGAGAGCGACUGCAGGUCUGGGUGUUGAACAGUUGCAGGAUUCCUCUGGGACUCAGAAGGCAUCUUUGUUACACUAGACAGAGUUCAGACACAAAAAAGACAUUGUACUGAUUCAUCUUUCACUAGCAGCUUUAGGCAUAAGUAAAGGAGAAAAUGAGAGAGGGGAGAAAGAAAAUGAGAGAAUGAAGUACAUCCAGAAUAGAGCAGUAGAUUCUAACCUCCAGUGGCCUUCACUGCUGCCCAUGGUUGCCUCUCUCUUUGGGAAAUUUCACAUAUACCUACUUGUGGUCAUGUACUCUCCUUAACUGAGAACUUUUAGGGAGGAGAGGGAUGGGAAGUUAGUGGGGAUAGUAUACUGGGGAGAAACCUACACACUGCAUAGAAAACACUUCAUUUGACCUUAAUUAUGAGUUACACUUGUUAAUUUAAUAAGAUUAAGUUAUUAUGCACUUGAAUGAGAUCCCCACUGAAACAUAUGUCUAGCACUUUUAUGAAUGUCUAAAAGGAUAGUAGGGUAGUCUUCAUGGCUCCCAUGGCCACGUGAGAUGCUCAUCCUGUGUAUGAUUAUCUUCAGUCCUGGGAGCCUUGGCCUCUACAGCCCUAUUUAUGCAUACAAGCAAUAUAUAGAUGACUGUCUCAAGUAAGUAUGGCUUAUGGAUGGUAGUGGAUAAUUUGAUGAGAACUAGAUAUGCUUAUUUUUAUUUGGGGAGACUAGUACAUUCAUGCACAAACUGUUGGCCAGGCUUUGUAUUUGUUUAUGAUUAUUGACAGAGCUUUAAAUUAAAGAAUAAAAGUAAAAGCUGGCAUUAGAUAUUGACAGCUAAUUUGGGAAAGAUAAAAUAUAUAGCUAGCUAGAUGUCUACCCAUACUCAUCCAUGUGUGUUUAAAUAUUUGGGGGAUAUCUCAGUCCAUAUGGAAGAGACAGUUCAUGGAUGACCUAGGAAUAACCAUCAGACUAUAAUGCAUGAUUUUUGCUCAGGACAACCUCCUAUUGAAGCAGGGAGGCAGUUUUCCUGGAGCUGGCUGUCAAAGCCUUAGGAGAAGCUUCAAGAGUCUGAUGGGAAUCUUGUCCCCAGACUGUGAGUAAAGAGAAAGUCUGCUUGGAUGACCUCGGGUGAACUAUGCACAUGGCCAAAAAAUGUACUGACGUUUAUUGAUAGGAAAAUGUCACAACCAGAAAGCAAUGGCUUUCUGAUGAUAAAAACAAUUCUAUAAUUCCUUUUUGAUUCUAUUAUUCCAUUUCAUAAACUAGAUGUACUUUAAAAAAAACCCAUAUGAGCAGGAUGUGUCCUGUUUGUAAAAAACAAGCAAAACAACAACAUCAAAACAAAAACCCCUAACACCCCCAUGUGAACUCAGAUCUACAAUGAGGAAAUGCAUGCAGCUUUUGUGCCAUCUUCCUCUGCCCAUCAAUGUGUCAUGCAGAGUGUCUGAAUCUGCUUAUUGCUAGGACAUUGCUGUCAUUGUAUUUAUACAACAGCCAUAAAAUUAACUGACUAGUAAUUCAGAAGUUCUUACAAUGUUCUGAUAGAAAUAAAAAGUGAGGCACAAAGAAGUAACAAUGGGAAUUUUGUUAAAAAAUAAUCUACAAAAGGUACUUAUUUACUUGUGAAAGGAUUGUUAAAGAGUGAAUUUUCUUUCAGUGUAUGUUAUUAUGGAGUCAGGAAAUUAUAAUUUUCAUCUGUAAUUUAUUUGGAGGUAGAUAUGUGCCUGUGUUAAAGGCGAGGCAUCCAAGCCUCUUCAAUGUUUUAUAGGUAGGUAUUCUUGACAUUAGUGCUUUAAAAAUAUUUGUCUAGUAAUAAAACCCUGACCACUAGAUGUCGCUGUUCACCCAGUAGUCUAAGACUGUUCCAUUAGGUUUGGCAUGUGUGAAAGGUUUCAAGUGACAAUAAAACAUAAAUGACCUUAGUUUCUGAAGCAAGGGCAUCUUCAUUAAGAUUAGCCAUCUGUGAAAAAGUUUGGGACAAAUGUAGUAUUGAUUUCUUAUGCUUUGUGAGUGAUGUCAGCACCGUAUGAUAAGGAGGUGCACAACCACUGUUAGCCAAAGAGGCACUUUAAUGCAUCUUCUUUUUCAGGAUCAUUGGUAACUGGUCAAUAUGCUUCUCAUGUGAAAAAAAAAAAGUAUAAAUGCCACAGCUAGAAAAUGCCCAAGGCAUUGAAAGGUUAUGUUGUCUAUUUCUUUCUUAACACACAUGCACACUAUUUUAUUGGUACUGCCAUUAUAUGCCUUUUGAUUCUCAAGUCUGGUGAACUGCUUGCUCAUUUUAGUAAUUACUGCUAUUGAUAUCAAAGUUGUAAUGUAUUGUUGAUUGUCAUGGGAAAUUAAAGAUAUUAUUCUGAUGGUAAGAUCAAUAAAAAUAAUUUGAAAAUAAA